GCACGCAUAGGAGACCGGUCUGUGAACCUGAAGCAUCCGGUAGAUGGCAGUGAACGGUCUCAGGUACCCACCGGAGACCCAGCCUGCCUGCCUGCCUAUCGCAGCAGAUCCCCCCGCACCCGUAUCGCUCAGCGCUCUGACUGUCAGCGCCGGAGCUGAAGGAGGACGCCGCGUGGGUCCGGGAGCCGCGUGGCCCGAGUCGCAGGGCGGUGCGCGCUCGCCGUGUGACUUUCACAGACACUCCGGGAUUCGGGAAGGAAGGAAGGACGAUCCAGAAGCUCGGCGGGAGAAAGUGCAACUAAAUAUCCAAAGUGACUUGUGAGCAAUGCGCUGGCAUCAUGGCCAGAUGGUUCAAGGAACACUUACCGGGCUUCAAAACUACCAAGGCAUCACCUCCGGCUCCCCCGAAACCCGACUACAAGUACUGCCACACGGCGGUGCCCAGCACGCCGGGCUGCCACCAGUCAAGCCCCGGGGCCACUUGUCAUUACCCGAGUCCGGCUCAGCCGGACAUUCUCGCCGCCUACAAACUACAGAAGGAGCUGGACUUCGAGGAUCCCUACACUGGGGGCGGAAAUAUUUCCUUCUCAAGCCCAAUUUCUGUCGGCUCGUCGGACAUUAAGUACGUGUCGCCGAAGCACCGGCUCAUUAAAGUGGAAACGCUGGAAAAAAGCGGCUGCCCACCGAAUGCCGGCGUCACAUCACCUCCGAGCGUCAGAUCGCCGACUUCCCCUCCCGCCGAGCCGGACAGCCGGCAGGAAAAGGUCGUCAUCCUCGAAGACUACGCCGACCCCUUCGAUGCCAAACAGGGCGGCGGGAGCCAGUCCAGCCCAGAGAAGGUCACGGAGAACGAUGGCUACAUGGAGCCCUACGAAGCCCAGAAAAUGAUGGCAGAGAUCCGAGGGGGAAGGGGCUCCAAGGACGGCCCCCUGCGACAGCUGCCCCUGUACGACACGCCGUACGAGCCGGCGGAGAACGGCACCCAUCUGGAUGCAGAGCACGGCCUGUGCCUCCGGGAGAGCAGGCUGCCUCGGGACGACGAGAGGCCCCCGGAUGAGUAUGACCAACCCUGGGAGUGGAAGAGGGAGCGCAUCUCCAAGGCCUUCGCAGCCCUGCUUUGUUAUGACUGCAUUAGCUUCGCGGGCACUGUAGAUGGCGCCAGAGGCCCCAGGCGGAACGAGGAAGACAUCACCACUAAGUCGCUGUCAGUCGAGAUUAAAGUGAUCAAGGACCUGCCCUGGCCUCCUCCAGUGGGGCAGCUCAACAGCGCCGCCCCACUGGCCGAGGGUGUGGAGGAUUCCGCCCCGCCAGGACACACCGCUGGCGAUCAGCACCGUCAUGUGCAGUUUGACAGUGUGGAGAAGCCCCAGCCAUCCCCCAGCAAGGACACCAAGGUGCGUCCUCUGCAGAGACACUCCAGCGGCUGCCUGGUAAACACCAAGCUGGGCUCGCUGGACCAGUGCCCCCCCAUCCUCGGCGAGCGUAUCGACCCCUCCAUGCCCCUGGAGAGACAGUUCUGGUACCACGGGGCCAUCAGCCGGAUCGACGCCGAGUCCCUGCUGAGGCUGUGCAAGGAGUCCAGCUACCUGGUCAGGAACAGCGAGACCAGCAAGAACGACUUCUCCCUCUCCCUCAAGAGCAGCCAGGGGUUUAUGCACAUGAAACUGUCCCGAACCAAAGACAACAAGUUCGUCCUGGGCCAGAACGGCGGCCCCUUCGACAGCGUCCCCGACAUCAUCCACUUCUAUUCCAGCCGCAAGCUUCCCAUCAAAGGCGCCGAGCACAUGUCCCUGCUGUACCCCGUGGCCAUCAGGACGCUGUAGCGCCCACUCGGUCGCUGGCUACCCAGGUGUGGAUUAACAGGCAGCUUGUGAGGGUUGAAGGGUCAAAGGUCAGAGGAUGAGGUCGUCCCUGUGCUUUUGUGUGAGAUGUCGCCCUUCCCCCCCACCCUUUAUGACAUUGCCACAUGUUCUUUCUCUGACCCCCUUGGGGGGGGGGGGGGGGGUGAGACUAUCAUCACCAGCUAAGUAGAUGAACACCCCCCGAGAUCAACACCAUCAAGAAAUGUUUAUUUUGCAAGAAGUCCAGCUAUAUAAAUCAUGGAAAACUAAACAGAAACCGACGAUGUGAACUUAGCUACUCCUUGUUGUUUAGGUUUAUAUGCAAUUAAAUGUGUCAUUUGUACCUGUACGGUCGUUACUCCACGUGGUCCUUAAAAAGGAAGCAUCUACGUCUGUCAGAAGAGGGGGUUUGUGGGAGGGGCGUUUAAAUCUCAGUGGAAAGCAGAUACCAGAGAGUAUAUUUCAGAUGGUUUCUAUCCUCAGUGCACAUUAUUAUUGACAGACUUUGCCUGAAAUAUUGAUAUAUAAGUUAAUUGUAAAUUGAUUGUAUUGUGAUGUAAAAUUGUGUUCAGAAGCUGUAAUCCUGAAGGACUGGGAUCCUUCACUGAAUGUGGUGUCGGAGAUGCUCUGUGAAGCCUGGGAGAUGUGCAGACACGUCCCCCUCUGACCUGCCAGCUCUCUGCAUUUGGCGCAGAUCACUACCCUGCUGCUAUCCGGCAAACUCCAGCUGCGCAGCUGUAGCCCUGCAGCCGGGUUGGUGACGGCGUCCUCUGCAGGUCCUGCCCCUCCAGUCCCUCCCUGCCAACCAUCCCAGAUGAAACAUGCCUCCUCUGUGAUUCUUCUCUUCUUCUUUUGUUUAAGAGUGAUGGACCCGUCUCGAAGAGUGAAAUUACCGUUGAAUUCUCCAACCUGCGAUUGCUUGAAAUUAGAGUGGAUCAAACAUGCAUUAUCUACCUCAGGAAAAAGCGAUCAAUUUUAUUCACCCACCUAUGAAUCAAUAUGUGCAGUGAGGUCACAAGGUAUAGAUCUCCAUUCCCAACUCAUAUUUCAAAAAAGUUUUACUGAAAAUGAUUUCGCCUGAAGCUAAUCAAACACCACUUAAGCACGAUUAGGCGAGGUAGCCGUGGUUAGUUUGUGAGCUGCAGUUGGGUUAAUCUUUUCCAGAGCUUGCCCUGACAUACUUAUGGUACAGCUGCAGUGCAUUGUGGGUAAUUCCCACUGAUCCUUUUCAUCCAGGUCUGAAUACAAUAAUUUGACCUUCCUCUCAUCCAAAGUAAAGACCCAGUCGCAGUGUACAAUUCUGGCUUCAUGUUUUACCACUUUACCAUUUAAUUACAGAAUCCCUGCAUUAUUUUGCAUGGUGGCAAGUCAGAAAGUGCAUAGGUAGUUUAUUUCAUCAUGCCCGUUCUUCUGCGUACAUAUCAUAAUGUAGCUGAGCACUGGAUUUUACCCACACAGACACUUUUGGACAUGAUCAACACUAGUAAUUGCUGUCCAGUUCUGCCAGCACGCCGUGUCGCGCACUGGGUCAUGUGCUCAGUGGCCCGUGCGACACUGGCAGUGAUAAACGACACCUACUGUAGAGUUCGCAGAGGUGAGCUGAUUUCUCUGCAUCCCUGUGUUUAAGCUGCUGUACCAUUUCUCUCAAGAGACCCGAGGCUCUCUGUGGACAAAAGGAUAGUCCGUCGACUGGCUGAUAAUUGUGUAAGACUGCUGGCAUGUAAAACUGGUUCCUGUCCUAAGAGAGCUUUGUGAGCAGCCUGGAUUCCCUUUACCCGUAUCAUCCAAGGCGCUGAGACUCCCCUUCUUCUCUCACUAAGUUUAUGUGCUUUUUUUGUUAUGGUACAGCCACUUAUAUUCAGAUACCCCAGUGCUAGGAAGGUACCUCAGAGGCCAGUAGGACAGUGUGGCUCCCUCUCUUGGGCCAAUGAGUUGCAAACAUCAAUGACCCACUUCUGUUCAGCAGGAUAUUUUUCAAGUUUCCUUCCCGAACGACACGGGGGCGAAUGGGGCCCUGCUCACCAAGCCCUGAAAUCAGCGGGAGUGACGACGCUGAGAUGGAGCAGAAGCUUGGAGCCUUUGGGAAAUCGCUGGAACAUGAGGCUGCGAUUAAGUGUCAAUGAGUUUAGAAUUGGAACUAGAAAAAUGCUCCUGAACCUUAACACGCUCACGGAAGAUACAGCAUGUUUGGUGAUUUAUGCAGUUUGUCGUCCUCUCGGAAGCUACCGGACUUGUGGUGUUGGCAGGGACCCGAGACGGCAGAAUGGCUCCCUGGCGGCCACGGGAGAGGUGGGGUGUAAGCCCAGCUGCACCCCUGUGUGUCUGCCAUCUUGCGGGGGUGGGAUUGGCCUCCUCGUGCCCCCCCCCCCCCCAUAUAUGCACUAAUCAGGCUGAUCCGUAUAGUUCCUCUUUGCCAAAUGUAUAUACUGAAUGUGUUGUAUGGGAAUUUCCUGGUAUCGAAAUGUAACGACUGUGGGAAAUAAAGUGGAGUUUAUGAGUCUCUGCAUGGAGUGUUGCUACUUUUCUCUGCCAGAGGAUCUGCUCUGUGCUGCCAGGGCUGCAAAGCUGUUCCAGUAUCUUCUAGCAGGAAGACCCUGGCCAGCGGAUUUCCCAGUGGGGCAGAAUGGGUUACGGGAUGGGUAGUGUGAUUCUCAGUUGUCAAGGGGGACACUAUUUACUUAUAGCCGCAGUUGCAAAAUAAUACUCCUGGUGUGUGUGUUGGGAGUAGUUGAAAGCCAAGUAAACAACGUGUAUUGCUUUUGGUUCUCACUCUUGUAAGCCUCAAAUCACACCUCCUGACUGAUCUUUUGAGAUUGAUGUGAAAUUAAAUCUGUUUAAUGUG